AGCAACGGGACUCACUUCAUCUAUCAGAACUACAUCCAGGGUGAGGUGGAACCCCACGGAGGGGUGACGGGGGUCAUCAGCCGUGCAAGGCACCUCAACCUGCGCUUCUGCUGYGAGUACCCCCUCUACCAGUCCUUGUCCAUGACCAUGGACCUCAACCCUCUAGAGAGCAUUGUGACCAAGAAGCUUCCCUCCGGCAAGGGCCACUACCAAAUACGGAUGAUCCCGUACCAGGAUGCCGGCUUCCGCUACCCGUUAUCCGGUUCUCACAUCAACGUGGAGAUUGACCAGCAGAUCUAUGUGGCCGUGCAGGUGGACGGAGUGGACGGUCAUCAGAUCUCCACUGUGCUGGACUCCUGUUGGGCCACGCCUGUGAACGACCCAAGCUACGCCGUCCGCUGGAAUCUUAUUGCUAGAGAGUAUGGAGACAUUAUGUUUAUCCAAAGGGAAAUGUUAGCAUGUUCAGAGCCACAAAUUGUCCCCAUGUUGGGAAUAAUAGAUUUGAAAGUGUAGGUUUGAUAUUUAAUU